AAAUUUUCUGAGUUCUAGAAAACUUUCUGAGUGGAGAUGUUCAAUUCCAGUGCUCAGUCUAGAUCAUGGAUGUUCAAAAGUAGUAAUGAACUUACAAAACUUAGAGAAGCUGCUAAUAGAAAAUUUGUGAAAGAACAUGGGAAAAAAAAUAGUGAAGAUGCUAUAUCUAAGCAAUUCUUAACUCCAUCUGAAGAAAGGCUCCUAUGUAAGCACUACGAAUCGGUUCUCUCAAAAUUUUGCACAAAAUUUCAACCUCCAAUGCCAAAGAAUGUUAUAGGUUGUUCCUUCCAUUACUUCAAAAGAUUUUAUUUGAAUAAUUCUGUAAUGGAUUAUCAUCCCAAAGACAUGUUGGUGACUUGUGUAUACUUGGCAACAAAAGUUGAAGAAUUCAAUGUCAGCAUCAACCAGUUUGUUGCAAAUGUGAAAGGCGAUAGAGAAAAAGCCAUGGAAAUCAUCCUUAACCAUGAAUUACUUCUAAUGCAGCAACUCAAUUUUGAUUUAGCUAUAUAUAAUCCAUUUAGAGCAGUGGAAGGUUUCUUAAUAGAUAUCAAAACAAGAUAUUCUAAAAUUCAGGACCCUGAGCGACUACGCCCUGCAAUAGAUGAUUUCCUGGAGAAAAUUCAAUACUCAGAUGCUUGUUUUCUAUACUCACCUCCUCAAAUUGCUUUAGCUGCUAUUGCAUAUGGAGCGUUAAAAUUUAAAGAAAGCAUAGAUGGAUACAUGUAUGACAUUUUAUUUGUUGGUAUGCAGGACAAAAUAAAUUACAUGCGAGAAGCCAUCAGAACUAUGUUUUUGAUGAUAAAAAAUGAAACUGCUGUGGUUAAUGAUCCCAUGAGAGCUUCUCUGGAGAAAAAGUUAGAGAAAUGUAGAAAUCAAGAAAACAAUCCAAGUAAUAUUGCUUAUAAGCGAAAAAUGGAAGAACUCCAAGAUGAAGAAGAUAAUGAGCCUGCCCAAAAAUAUUCAAAAUUAUUGGAGCAUGAAGAAACAAGGAUGCUGGAAGAUGAGAAGAAUCUUGGUGUAACUUUCAUACACAAUACAUGAUUGUCUUAUCAAGAGACAGCUAUGUAAAAAUCUUUGAUUGUAAAUAAAUACUGUUUACAUUUUUU